AUGUACGUGGGCUAUGUGCUGGACAAGGACUCCCCCGUGUAUUCAGGCCCCGCCAGGCCAUCCAGCCUCGGUCUGGGCCCUCCGGCCUACGCGCCACCCGGCCCGGCGCCCGCACCCCCGCAGUACCCCGACUUCGCGGGUUACACGCACGUGGAGCCCGCGCCUGCGCCCCCUCCGACCUGGGCCGCGCCCUUCCCUGUGCCCAAGGACGACUGGGCAGCUGCCUAUGGCCCGGGUCCCGCGGCCCCCGCCGCCAGCCCGGCCCCGCUGGGCUUUGGGCCCCCUCCGGACUUUAGCCCGGUGCCAGCGCCUCCCGGGCCUGGUCCUGGCCUCCUGGCGCAGUCCCUCGGCGGCCCGGGCGCACCGUCCUCGCCAGGAGCGCAGAGACGGACGCCCUACGAAUGGAUGCGGCGCAGCGUGGCGACCGCAGGCAGCGGUGGCAGCGGAAGAAAAAAAAAACAGAAAAAAGAAAAAAAAAGAAUGAAAAACAAAGACAAAAAACAAAUGGAUAAAGAAAAAAAAAAACAAUAAAGACAAAAUAACAAAAAACAACACAAAAAAAAAAAAGCUACAAAAAAAGAAAAAACAAAACAACAGGUAAAAAUCUGGUUCCAGAACCGUCGAGCCAAGGAGCGCAAAGUGAACAAGAAGAAACAGCAACAGCAGCAGCCACUACCUCCCUCGCAGCUGCCCCUGCCGCUGGAUGACAACCCCACACCAUCAGGGCCACCCCUGGGUAGUCUAUGCCCCACCAAUGCUGGCCUUCUGGGUACCCCCUCCCCAGUGCCUGUCAAGGAGGAAUUUCUACCCUAG